AUGGAGGAAGAUUACAACCAUCCAUUAUCCUCACCAACGGAAAAGAUGGAGGCUACUUCAUCCCCUUCUGAAGGGCACUCCCUCAACCGAUCGCAGACCCAUCACUGGCCUCUCAAACACAAAGUCAUUGCAACCAAAGACCGCGAAGCUCGCUCCGGCUUCAAAGCUCGCGAACUCGGCGUGACGUGGCAGGGUCUAAAUGUGGACGUCGUUAGUGCCGAUGCCGCAGUCAACGAAAACGCGCUCUCGCAAUUCAACAUCCCGAAACUAGUCUCGGAAUCACGACACAAGAAACCCCUUCGACGGAUUUUGAGUGAUAGCCAUGGCUGUGUGAAGCCUGGCGAGAUGUUGCUUGUCCUUGGAAGACCUGGAUCAGGCUGCACAACGCUGCUGAAUAUGAUUGCCAAUCGACGACGCGGGUAUACCUCUGUGUCUGGCGACGUCCGGUACGGAUCCAUGACACCGCAAGAGGCAGAGGCGUACCGGGGACAGAUUGUGAUGAAUUCUGAGGAGGAGAUUUUCUUUCCUACCUUGACUGUUGGUCAGACGCUUGAUUUUGCGACCAGAGUCAAAAUUGCACAUCAUGUACCGCAAGAUGUGGAGUCGCAGGAGGCGCUGAGACUCGAGACAAAGGAGUUUUUGCUGGAGUCGAUGGGCAUUUCACAUACCCAUGACACCAUGGUGGGUAAUGAGUAUGUGCGUGGUGUCUCUGGAGGAGAACGCAAACGUGUUUCGAUCAUUGAGACGUUGGCAACGAGAGGAUCAGUGUAUUGCUGGGAUAACAGUACCCGUGGCCUCGACGCCAGUACUGCCUUGAGUUAUACCAAGGCUAUCCGGGCAAUGACCGACGUGCUCGGGUUGGCGUCUAUCGUCACUUUGUAUCAAGCCGGGAACGGUAUUUACGAUUUGUUCGACAAGGUGCUUGUUCUUGAUGAAGGCAAGGAGGUCUUCUACGGACCCUUGAAGGAGGCUCGUCCGUACAUGGAGAGCCUUGGCUUUGUCUGCCGGGACGGAGCCAACAUUGCUGAUUAUUUGACUGGUGUGACCGUGCCAACUGAACGAUUGAUUCGCAAAGGAUACGAGCACACAUUUCCUCGCAAUGCUGACAUGUUGCUUGAGGCAUACAAGAAAUCCGACAUUUACCCUAAAAUGACUGCCGAAUACGAUUUCCCAGAGACCCAAAGAGCGAAAGAGAAUACCGAAACGUUCAUGGAGGCAGUGGCCCACGACAAACAUCCUCAACUGCCGAAGUCGAGUCCAUUGACAUCAAGUUUUGCAACCCAGGUCAAGGCUGCAGUUAUUCGACAAUAUCAGAUCCUAUGGGGCGACAAAGCUUCGUUUCUGAUCAAGCAAGUCUCUUCUCUGGUACAAGCUUUGAUUGCUGGUUCACUGUUUUACAACGCCCCAGCCAACAGUGCGGGCCUAUUCGUCAAGUCCGGUGCUCUGUUCUUCUCGCUUCUGUACAACUCUCUUGUCGCCAUGAGUGAAGUCACGGAUUCAUUCACUGGACGCCCUGUCUUGAUGAAACACAAAGCUUUCGCCAUGUAUCAUCCCGCCGCUUUUUGCAUCGCACAGAUUGCGGCUGAUAUUCCCAUCAUCUUGUUCCAAGUCAGCAUCUUUGGUAUCGUGCUGUAUUUCAUGGUUGGCUUGACCGCGACCGCAUCUGCAUUCUUCACUUACUGGAUCAUUGUCAUUGCUGCCUCGAUGUGUAUGACUGCCCUCUUCCGCGCAAUCGGCGCUGCAUCAGCCACUUUUGAUGCCGCUUCCAAGAUAUCAGGUCUAAUCGUCACAGCCACACUCAUGUACAACGGUUACAUGAUCAUGAAACCACACAUGCAUCCUUGGUUCGUAUGGCUGUACUGGAUUGAUCCGCUGGCGUAUGGGUUUGAGGCCUUGCUUGGAAACGAGUACAAAGGCAAGACAAUUCCUUGUGUUGGUAACAAUAUCAUUCCCACUGGACCAGGGUAUACGGAUUCAGUUUACCAGUCUUGUGCUGGUGUUGGCGGUGCUGUUCAAGGACAGACCUUUGUUACGGGAGAGGCAUAUCUCAACUCUCUCUCGUACAGUUCGUCGCACGUAUGGCGCAACUUUGGUAUUCUGUGGGCAUGGUGGGCUCUUUUCGUGGCCAUUACCAUUUACUCAACUUGUCGCUGGCGAAUGUCCUCUGAAAACGGCCCAUCACUACUGAUUCCACGUGAAAACUUGAGAACUGUUCAACAGAAAAACAUUCUCGACGAAGAAGCCCUCCCUCAGUCUGCCGACAGCGGCGUGAGCAGUUCAGCAAAUACUCUCGCUGAGAAAACAGCUGACAGAUCCAGCCAGCCCGAUAUCGACAACAACCUCAUCCGCAACACGUCGGUCUUUACAUGGAAGAAUCUCUGCUACACCGUCAAGACACCUUCAGGUGAUCGCUUAUUGCUUGACAAUGUACAAGGAUGGGUCAAGCCAGGCAUGCUUGGAGCACUGAUGGGUUCUUCCGGUGCCGGUAAGACGACUUUACUCGAUGUUCUCGCUCAGCGCAAGACCGAAGGAACAAUUCACGGAUCUGUUUUGGUUGAUGGCCGCCCAUUGCCUCUCUCGUUUCAGCGUUCAGCCGGUUAUUGUGAGCAGCUUGAUGUGCAUGAGCCCUUCGCCACUGUCCGUGAAGCCCUUGAAUUUUCGGCUCUGUUGCGUCAACCUAGUGAUGUCUCCCGAGAUGAAAAACUGAAAUAUGUCGACGUCAUCAUCGACUUGCUCGAACUGCACGACAUCGCAGACACUCUCAUUGGCAAGGUCGGCUGCGGUCUCUCCGUCGAACAGCGCAAACGCGUAACCAUUGGUGUUGAACUCGUCUCUAAGCCCAGCAUUCUCAUCUUCCUUGACGAACCCACUUCCGGUCUCGAUGGUCAAUCAGCAUACAACACCGUCCGUUUCCUCCGCAAGCUAGCUGACGUCGGUCAAGCCGUUCUCGUCACAAUCCAUCAACCCUCUGCCCAACUCUUCGCUCAAUUCGAUACUUUGCUGCUGCUCGCCAAGGGCGGUAAGACUGUCUAUUUCGGUGACAUUGGCGACAAUGGCGCCAUCGUCAAGGAAUAUUUUGGCCGAUACGGAGCCCCCUGCCCCCCCGAAGCAAACCCAGCCGAACACAUGAUCGACGUCGUCUCAGGCGAUCUGUCCCAAGGCCGAGACUGGAACAAAGUCUGGCUCGAGUCCCCCGAAUUCGAAUCCACAAACCGUGAACUGGACAACAUCAUCGCUGAAGCCGCUGCAAAACCGCCGGGCACAUUGGACGAUGGUAGGGAAUUCGCGACGCCGCUAUGGGAACAGACCAAGAUCGUGACACAGCGGAUGAACGUCGCCUUGUACCGCAACACGGAUUACAUCAACAAUAAAUUUGCGCUCCACAUCUUUUCCGCGUUGUUCAAUGGGUUUAGUUUCUGGAUGAUUGGUAAUACCAUCAAUGACUUGCAGAUGAGACUCUUCACUGUUUUUCAAUUCAUCUUCGUCGCUCCGGGAGUCAUCGCGCAAUUGCAACCACUCUUUAUCGAACGACGCGACAUCUACGAAACGCGCGAGAAGAAAUCAAAAAUGUACUCCUGGAAGGCCUUUGUGACAGGGCUCAUCGUCUCUGAGCUUCCAUACCUCUGCAUCUGUGCAGUCAUGUACUUUGUGUGCUGGUACUACACCGUCGGAUUCCCCUCAGACAGCAACAAGGCCGGCGCUACCUUUUUCGUCAUGCUCAUGUACGAGUUCGUGUAUACUGGCAUUGGACAGUUCGUCGCAGCAUACGCGCCCAAUGCAGUGUUUGCCUCGCUUGCAAAUCCAUUGUUGAUCGGUACCCUGGUCUCGUUCUGUGGCGUUCUGGUUCCUUACGCACAAAUUCAGGAGUUUUGGAGAUACUGGAUGUAUUACCUCAAUCCAUUCAAUUAUCUCAUGGGCAGUAUGCUCACUUUUACCGUAUGGGAUAGUCCUGUCCACUGUGCAGAGGCUGAAUACGCUGUGUUCAACACGCCCAACGCGACAACUUGCGCGGAUUAUCUAGCCGAGUAUCUGAGCGGGUUUGGUGCUGCGGCCUUCCUUGAGAAUCCAGAUGCGACCUCCGGUUGUAAAGUGUGCCAGUACAGCCAAGGGAGUGACUAUCUGAAGACGUUGAAUCUCAAGGAGUACUAUUAUGGGUGGAGGGAUGCGGCGAUUGUGGUGAUUUUUGUGCUUUCGUCGUAUGCGAUGGUGUACGGAUUGAUGAAGUUGAGGACGAAGGCGAGCAAGAAGGCUGAAUAG